UAUCAGUCUCUCUAUGACAUGAUAGAAUGUCUUUGAGAACUUCUGUGGCUUACUGUCAGUCUGGGAAUAAGUUUCCUCAAUCUUUGUAGGGCUUUGAUCUUCAGGCAACAGACACACAAUAGCCAUCUCACAGAACAAUUUAUUUUAGAGAGGGUGGAAAAAUCAUCACAAUUGAAAGAGUUGGAAAAAAGGUGCAAUGUGUUGACACUUAUGGACAUUCCACCUCCACGAAAGGGCUGCCACCAGGGGGCGGACAAGACACCAUCUCAGAGACGCUUCCCUUGUCGUUAUGGACAACAACCCAACAGCAGAGGCUAUGAAACAAAGGACUUCGAGAAGUCAGGCGAUAAAGCUAGAGUGGACGUUACCAUGGUGAGGACACGCGGCCCCGCACUGGGACCCCCUGUCCCGAGCCCGCGAACCUCAAUAGGCUUCUGUUUCUCCAGUAUCUCCUUGGCUCCAGUGCCUAUCGGACCCAACCAUAGAAACAGAAGCUGCUUCGAACCUGAGACUUGGGAAAGAACUUCAAACACAAUUUAUUCUUUGGGAAGAAAAAGACCAUUACCUAGAAUUCUUCCUCCAAGGAACCGAAUUUCUACUGAGGACAUUUCCUUGGGGAAGAAGAUGAGGACAGUUAGAAGUGGAAAAGUUUACCGACAGAUCUUUGAUGAUGAGGUCCAGCUCGUCCGUUCCUUGGCAGAGAGUCGAAAAAAGGCAUCAGAGCAUCCUGGGUCUUUGAAGUCUGGAAAGAUCCCCACAAUCAGGGACACUGAAAUACAUCCAGGUCAACUCUUAUCUCCUCGGCAAAAAAUGUGGGCUCACAGUAUGCCGAAUGACACAAACACAGAAAAUCCUGUUUUGUUCAGAGAACUUCAAGAUGCUGCCAUAGAAAAGGCUCGUGAAAAUCAACACAUGAUUACUGUCCGAGAAGUCAGAGGUCUAACUGACACUAUUGUUCCUGAGAAGAUUAAUAGUGACAUCAUUCAACGGUUAGAAAAGAAAAAAAGAGAAAACCAUGAGUCCAACUUGAAAAAUCUAUGGAAAGAAAUAUCAGAUAUUGCGAUGGAAACGGAAUCUCUAAUUAUGGAACCUGGACAGGAACUUUUGACACAACUGGCAAAGAAUGAUGCAGAAACUGAGACUCUCUUCAAAGAAAUUGAAAGUGAUGUAGAACAACAAACUUUCGAAAUUCAGAAUUUGUGGGAACUGUGGGAUAAACUCAAUGAGAAAUUCACAAAUAGAAGAAAAUGGAUCAAGAACUUUGAUGAAACACUAAAAAAGAUUGAAGCCGGCAGAGCUGAGAAAUUAGGAGAGGUGCUGAAGAAAUACAUGAACAUUUUAAAAGAAAAUGCCUAUCUCCUCUACCCUGAUAUAGACAGGCUGAUUCACAAAGAAGCUAUGAACAUGAACCAAGCCCUACUGGGAAAUCAAAGGGCCAUCGCGAAAUUGUUCAUUAAUAUGAUGGAGUCUAAUCUAAAGCAGGAAAUCAGUAACCACAACAGGUGGCAAGAUGUGAUAAAACACUGGAAGAACAUACAGAAGGAUUUGAUGAUUCAGAAUUUAAGGGAAUUCCUGGAUACCGACGACAUCCAGAAUCCUCCCUCUGUAAAGAGGGAAAUGGAUAACAUGACAAAUGAGCUUGAUAGAAUAAAUAGUGAGAGAAUGAGACUUCUCAAAUCAGUUAGAGAUAUUCUGCCUCCUUUCUACUCAAGAGAUAAGUUGAAUCAAUGGCAUGCUUCUUUUCAGGCGUUGAAUAAAGAUUUAGAAUAUUGCAUUAUGGAUGGCAUGACAAAAAUACGCCUUCAGAAUGAAGAAAAUUGGUGGAAGUGUCUGAACUACUUGUCAGAUCGCAAGAAACAAUUGCUCAAAUGGAAAGUUUUCUCACGAGAGGAGAUAGAAAAUUCCAUAAGUCCCUACUUCUACCAGAUAGUAGGAAAUCUCCAGAGUCAAGUGGAAAAGGACCUGGAAACGAUGAUGGAAUCUCUUGAGGAGAAGGCUAAUUGGACAGAGAUCAUGAGUGAAGAUCUAUUCAAAUAUUUAGAGACAACCCUUCAACUUUGGGAGGUCCAUCACAACCAGCUGGUCAUGGAAGAUUUAACUCUUGAGAAGAAAAUAGAGCAGCAACGAUAUAAACAAAAUUAUGAGAAUGAGUUAAAGGAAGCAUGCUUAGAUAUUGUUCUGGAUCAGAUGAGACAACAAAACAAUGAGGAUUCUUUGAAGAGUUACCUGGACAAGGUUCGAUUUCUGCUUCAUGACAUUAAAAAAAAGUAUAAACGCUUUCAUGAAGAUGCCCUACUCAAUUUAAAAAGCUAUCCGUUUAGUGUUCUGAAAGCAUUGAAGUCAUACAGUACUUCUCUCAGUCAAUAUUUUUGUGUUAGAGAAAUCUAUGAAAAGACCAUGGAAGGCGAGGUGAUAAUACGGUUUAGAGAGCCAGAGGAGCUUCUACAAGAGAGUCCCUCAUAUUUAAAAGAUAUAAUAAAAAGUUUUUUCAAGUUUGAAAGUGAUUCAAAGAUAAGUUUUUCUAUGAGCCGUGUGACAACAGUCCCAAGCAAGAUUAUAAGCGAACCCCUCCAGGAGGAAGCAAGUGAAAUUCCAAAGAUACCGAGCCCUCUCCGGGAACCCACAGAACUGGGGAUUUCAGACCUAGACGAUUUUACAGAGGACGUAACGCAGGAAAGCUGGGAAAUCAUGUCUUCUUACCAGGUUCCUAUAAUCACUGAGGCUGUAAGAGAGGAGGAAAGUACAAUCGCAACCUCUGAAGAGGAGUAUGAGACCUUCAUAACUUCCAGUGGGAACAAGUAUUUGGCCUUUUCACUUUCUGAAGAAGCUGAAAGGAAAAAGCUUUUUCAACAAUCUGAUGUUGUAGAGGAAACUGACACUGUUGAGAAUUUUGCCCCAUACCUGGAACAUGUGGAUUUGCCAUUUACGUUGUUUUCAAAAUUAAAGAAAGAAGUCCGCUUUGAACUUUUUGAACACCUUGAGAAGUGGUUUGGCCAAUGCUUGACUAAUUCUAUUAUCAUUGUUGAUGCAAAGACUGAGGAGCUGAAUUCAGAGCUGGAGCUGAAGCUCCACUUACACAAAUCAAGGUUCAGUCGCAUAAGGAUGGACGUCCAUAAUGUCAGAGCAGCUGAGAUAACAUUUCACCAAGAACGGCUCGAUCGUCACUGUGCGAGCAUCAUGGAUACACUUCAGAGAGAGAGGUUAUUGUUCUAUAAAUUCAGUGAAGAACAAAGCAACAAGAAUAGAAACUUCAGGAAUUGGAUGGCCAGCAUAGAGCAAGCCUUCUUCAACUCCACAACAAGUCGAAAGUUGUCUCAGUUAAGUGCCAGUCUGCACAGAGAGUUGCUCUCUUACGUGGACGUUAUGCAAGUGUCCCUCCGUGGUUUCCGCCAAUAUGUAGAAGAAAACAUGGAGAAACUUCGAAUUGCAAAUAUGGGAUUUAUUAAAAGAUGCAGAUUGUUUUCAGAGGGAGGAAACUUCUCCUCUGAAGAACUAAGUUCGUUUUGUGGUAGACUAGAAAAGGAAUCCUCACGGAUUGAAUUUGUUGAGAGUUUCAUCGUGUUAAAAAUGGAGAAAAUGGAGAGUGACUAUGUAGAUCAGGCAAAUGAUAUCAUCAACAAAUUUGAAAGUAAAUUCCAUAACCUAUCAGUGGAUCUCAUUUUUAUGGAGAAAAUCCAGCGAUUCUUCACAAAUUUGCAAGUGAACCUCAAAUCAGAGGUGUGCAGGUCUAAUUUUCAAACAGAGACACUGAAUAAUGCUCUACAACAACUUCACCACAAGAUAAGUAUUUGUGGUCACGAGUUUGUGGAUCAAAAAACUGUGACUGCUGAAGAGGUGUACAGCUUUUCCAGACAGUUAAUGGAUAAAAUAGCCCGCAGAAUUCAUUAUCUCAAUUGCCAAACAGAAGCCCAGUCAUCUGGUGUAAGUACAGAAAAGGAAAGUGUCCUCUUUCAAUCUCCUUCUGAAGAAGAAACCAAGGUAGACAUGAUGAAAGAAUUGCUUUUGCAACCUAGCCGAAUGGGAAAACCAAUGACGGAAGAUACAGCUCUGGAAGUGAUAAAAAACAUCCUUCAACUUCCAGAGCAAAAGCGUGAUCGAGAGCAUGUUAGCAAGGCUAAAGGGAAGCGUUCAAGGCGACGGACUGAAAGCAUCAUCGCAACACUAAAAAAGGUCACGUCAGUGGCCAGUUCUAGCUCACAGGCAAGUGCCUUAAGAUACUCCCGACCAAAUCGACAAGACAAGAAGUAUCAAGUGUUUGGAGACAGGCCUGAGCGAACUGAUCAUUUUAAAAGUAUCAUCCGCUUACUUCUCUGGGAGGGCAAUGACACUUUGCUUGCAGUAGCAGAGGAUUUUUACCGUAAAGAGAAACAUUCUGUCACCAGGCCUGAGUUCAUGCAGGAUACCUUUGACCAAUGUGCUGAUGUAUUUGCAAAGAAGCUAUUAGAGUAUGAGAACCAGACAGAAGAUUACCAUAAUGCUUGUCUUAUAGAGUUACGGGAUCAACUAAAGGAAUUUGAGGAACAACUACCGCAUGUUGCUGAACUUGUCAUGGAAAACUUUCUCCAUCGACAUUGGGACAGCCUUCAGACCAGCAAAGCAGAGAUCCAAGGACGCUUCAAUGAACAACUUAAGAAAUGGCUACAAACAAGGGAGAAAAAUAAACAAGAGCUACAACCAGACCUUGGGCACCCAUAUAACUCCAAAACUUUGGCCUCUCUAUGUGCCAGGGAAGAAAAGAGACAGAAAGAACAAGAUACUGGAAUUUUGAGCACUUCAGAGAAACUAGAGGAAUGUGCCAAGAAAUGUGCCCGGAAAUUUAUAAGCUCUUUGGCUAGCUUGACUGAGAGAUUCCUUCAGCAGCUGGAUGAAGUCUUCACAGUGGAUGAUGUCCAAAUAGCAAAAUCAGAUCUAGUAAGGCAAAAGUUAUCUGUCUUAAUGCGUCGGAAAAUGGCCGGACUUCCCUUGGAUGAUGAGAGAGAAAAGCCACAAGGUGAACGAGGAAAUAAGAAAUGGCGAGGAAUCAUCCCUACACCAUUCACCUCCACCAGCAAAAUCUUCAUCAGAGCAACCCCUACGAUAAUCACCACCAAAAACACCCCUGGCCACCAGGCAGUUGUGAAAGCAAGAGAUGCUGUGUAUUUGAAAUAUUUGAAUGAAUUACAACUGGAUAUGAAGAAAAUUGUAGAGGAAAAGGAUAUGCAUAUGGCCAAUGCUGAGAGUUGGAAGAACUGGUGGAAUACUUCAGUUAUCGUCAUUAAGGGCUUGUAUCCAUGAUCCCUUUGUACCCAUCAUCCCCUUUUUUAUGUAUGCACUUAGGUUUAAGAGAUAUUGAAAUUUUUAUUCUGCAAAUAAAAAUGUUGGUUACACUGA